AAACGUGCGUGGGUGACGUCAUUGCCUCUGCACUCUCUCCGGCGGACGCAUUUGCAGAAAAGCUCGCACGUCUGUUUCAGCACAUCUUUACUUGCCAACUUGCAGACAGAGGCAACAAGCCAUCAUGGCAGCAGCAUCGUACCCACUUGAUCCAGAUCUAAUGAGGGAGGUCCUUGAAUGUCCCAUCUGUCUGGAGACCUUCAACGAGGACCAAAUGAGACCGAAACUCCUACAGUGUGGUCAUACUGUGUGCCGCCAUUGCCUGGAGAGGCUGUUGGCCAACACCAUCAACGGCGUGCGCUGCCCUUUCUGCAGUAAGGUCUCACGCAUGAGCAGCAUCUCGCAGUUGGCAGACAAUCUCACAGUGCUCAAGAUUCUUGACUGUGCUACGUCGUGCGGCGCGGCUGCCGCCGCCCUCAUGUGCGCGUCCUGCUGUAGCCGCCUGCCACGACAAUACUGCCACGACUGCACCGUCGUUCUCUGUGAGCUCUGUAAAGUCGAGGGCCAUCUACAUCGUGGUCAUUCCGUUCAGCCUGUACGGAUGGCGGCCGAACAACGUCGGAAAGAACUUGGCGGCAAACUUUCCGCGCUACGUGAUAUCGUAGCGGAAAUCCAGAAGAAAAAAACAGCUAUUGAAAACAUUACCAAAUCGUUAAGAGCAAAGUACAGAGUGGUGCAGCGGGAUUACACGGCAGCUGAGCUGCAGCUUCAAGAGGAUCUGCGCCGCUCUCGGAGGACAUUCGCUGCGUCAAUGGCAGAGGUACAAAAGCUUAACGGGCAGGUCCUUGAGGAGCAAACGUACCUCCUUAACAUUGCGGAAGUGAAGGUGGUCUCGUGCUGUGACUAUCUAACCAUGCGGGUGAGGCAGAGCGACAUCAGCUUGCUCCGGGACGAUGGAGGCGGGUGUGAGGACGAGGAGCUCAACCUCAAAGGAACCUUGCCCACCGUAUUUCAGCUGCACGAGCCAGAGUUGAUCCGGACGGAACACUCCAAACCAGCAGAAGUGGGCCAACUGACCACAAGCACAUUCACGGUCAAUACAGAAAAUUCAGAAUGCACUUUAGAUAUUCCACUUGAAGGUGACGUUGAGGGUCUAGACGGGGCUGUAGGCUGCACAAAGGGACCAACCGCCGAUCUCUACCGAGAUGUUGACAUGAUUGCUGCGGUAGAUGACAGUAUAAGUGGCUCACCUGGCACCUUUAAGUCAAAGUCAAUGGACGCAGGGGAGGAAGCACCGGGAGGUGCAUGUGCAGGCCCCCCGGUGUGCCAGUUUGUGAAGAAGAUGGGCUGCAAAGGAGCUCUUCCCGGUUCUUUUAAUUUACCGGUUAGCAUCUGCGUAAGCCAGCACGGCGAGGUCCUUGUGGCUGACCGUGGCAACUACCGAAUCCAAAUCUUCAACCGCAAAGGUUUCCAGCGCGAAAUCCGCCGAAACGCCAGUAGCAUUGACAACUUUGUCCUGAGCUUCCUCGGUGCCGACCUGCCGAACCUCAUGCCCUUGUCCAUCGCCGUUACGCCUCAGGGACUGAUCGGCAUCACUGACAACUACGACAACUCGGUCAAAGUCUACACCAUGGACGGGCAGUGCGUGGCCUGCCACAAGAAUCAGCUCAUCAAGCCCUGGGGCAUAACCGCCAUGCCCUCGGGACAGUUCGUGGUGUCGGACGUGGAGGGCGGAAAGCUCUGGUGCCUUGCCGUCGACCGCAACCUCGGCGUGGUGAGCUACAGCCGGCUGUGUUCGGCCGUGCGGCCCAAGUUUGUGACGUGCGAUGCCGCCGGAACCGUCUACUUCACCCAAGGCCUGGCGCUCAAUUUCGAGAAACGCCACAACGAGCCCCACCUAGAGGGCGGCUUCUCAAUCGGCUCCGUGGGCACAGACGGCCAACUCGGGAAGCACCUCAGCCAUUUCUUCUCCGAGACGGAGGACUUCUGCUGCAUCACCGGCAUGUGCGUCGACGCCAACGGGGAUCUACUAGUUACGGACAGUGGCAGAAAGGAAAUCUUGCAGUUUCCCAAAGAAGGAGGCUUUAAAAUUCUCAUCCAGGAGGGACUGAACUGCCCUGUUGGGGUGGCCACCACACCCAAAGGGCAGCUAUUGGUGCUGGACUGCUGGGACCAUUGUGUCAAAGUCUACACAUACAUUCAAAGAAGGCACUCGUCCACCUCCUGAAAGCGUGUGCCACACAAAGCGCAAAAAGGAACCAUGGUUUUGUUGGAUGUUUGGAAAAAAGUGUACGCAGAAAAAUUAUUUAACUUAUUCUCACAAUAAUUUGCAUAGGCCAACGGAAUUUUAAAUGAUGUCACGUAUGAGUUCAUGAUCUUGCAAUAAUCUUUAUAUUUAAGAAUACAGGCACAGUUGUCCCAUCCAAAUACAUUUCUGUUAUUGGUUAAGAUUUUUAAUAUGUGAACAGUAAAGAGAGUUAAUAGCAUAAAUUUGGGGCUCUUAGCCCGUGAAGCACUUUAUUGUGGACUCAUUGUAUUAAUUGCAUGUUGACAGCUUUAAAGUUUACUGUGCAGUCGCUAAUAAGUGAAAGAUGUUGGUCAACUGCAUUCAGUAACAAUCAGAGAGCAUGCACAGUACUCUUUGAUACACACUAAAUGGGUUAUUGUUUGCUGUGGGGUGUGUGGAAUAUUAGACUAGUCUGUGUGGAUUUGUGGGUUUUCAUUCAUUGUCUAUUUUUUUUUUUUUUUUUUAACGAUAGGUAGCUGUAAACGUCUACGUUUCCUUAAGCCUAAUGGAAGCGAAACAGAAGUGAGUCUAGAAAAUGUCAAAUAACCGUAAGUGCAGGAAUGAGCAUAAUGUCAACACACAAACAAACUUGGAAAAUUGCGAGAAAUCCAGCAAAUUUAUACAAAAUAUAUGUUUUGUUUCCCAAUGUUCAUUGAAGAUAAUUGACUAAAAUGGACAUGACAUUUGUAGGGAAACAUCAAUAGGGCUAAAGAGUUUUUUUUAUUUUUUAUUAUUUCUUGUUAAAAGAUUUAAUAUCUUCAAUAUUUGGGCAAAGAAAUGACAACGUACAAGAUGAUAUUUGGGCACCCUAUUCUGUAUCUACAUCCUGUAUUUCUCUGUGUUCAACUCCUACAUUGUCUUGUCAUAAAUCGUAUCUACUCCUAGUCAACCAACCAACAGAUAAUAUUCUAAAUAGUCAGAAGAAAAGUUUCUGAUUAUUCUAUUCUCAACUAAAAAUUCACAGGGCACCUUUUGUCAAUUGUUUUGUUUCAGUACUUGUGAAACACUAACAGAUUAAAAACACUCCACCUCGUCUCAACACAAGAAAUAUUCUAUACGCAGUAAACACAAUGGUACGUAACUAUAUAUGCACACCUUGCCUCGCUUUGUCAAAACUAAUUGAUAGAUUGCUCAAGGUAUUGAGAAAAGAGUUUAUUUUUGUGGUUUCCAUCCACGGUAGUCGUAUUUGUAGUUCAAGAACCAAAACAUUCAAAAUGGCUUUCAGUAUAAUCAAGAGCGGUUAUACGCAAUGGCAGACUACAAACUAGAAUAUAUUUUUUAAACUAAACAUCAUUAUCAUUGAAUAUUUAAAACUUAACACGUGGCUGUGUGAAUGGCACAAACAGUACCAUAAACUUUAGUUAUUUUUUUUAUUUGCCAAAUCCUACAUCAUAUAGGAACUAUGCCUGCUGUAAAAUGCACCUUCCAGCCCAGGUUGUGUUCUUGAGAGCACAUUUAUUGAGCCUUAAACAUGACUGGACCUAAAUCAUUGCUACAUACACACUGUGCAUGUUUUAGUCAAUUAGAAAAAGAGAUGGAAAUCAUUACAUCCAAUCUGUUGUGUUUUCUUUGGAUCUUUGUGUUAGUCAUAACUCAAGUGGUCACAGGCAGGAAAUUUAUAUAUAUAUUAAAAAAAAAAGUGUCCUUCUGUCACUGUGCUAAACAAUGUGUGUCAUUUUUUUAAUCAAGCAGCAUUUCAUCUAGCUAUUAUUGUAGGAAACAUUUGUUUUUGGUGUGUGUGCUGAACUCCCUCCCUUUUCCCAUGUCUCAGGUUCUCUGGAGCAUGUGAAUUUUACAAUGUGUUGAACACAUGGAUAAAACAAAAGUAUUGUUGUGUAUUGUUGAUUCUUGAGUGCAAUAAACGUUUUUGAAUCAAACUUA